AUGGCGUCCGCUUCUGAAUAUGCUUCGGUCAUGAAGCAGCUGAAAAAGACUGAUGACCAUGCCUUUAACCAGGCCUUGGACGAUCAGAUGAGCACGCAAAGAAAUUUGCACAUCGCAGCUCUCGAAGAAGCGCUCGCACAACACACUGCAGUACGACAAGCAGCAGAGCGGACUCUUGAGCAGCAUCAAUUGGAAGAGCGGCGGAGAAGGUUGCACGAAGAGGAGCUCGAGAGAUCUCGAUUGGCGGAAAUCCAAAAGAGAUUAAUAGCAGAACAGGAGAUGCAUCGUCAGAAUGAGAUGCUACGACAGCGCGAGCAAUAUGAGGCGCAGCGCCGCAUAGAGAUCCAACAGCAAGAAGAGAUCAAGAGAGAGUCGGCGAGAAGAGAGGCGCAGAUUCAGAAGGAGAAGGAAGCAGCCGCUGAGCAAAAGGCUCGCCAGGAUGCUGCCGCUCUCGCUGCUCAAGAUAAGGCAGCACAGGCUGCCAAAGAGAUUCCUAAAGCAGCGCCUCCCGUCCAAGCCGCGCCAGCUGCAACAUCGCAGCAGUCCUCCAAUUCCUUGAUCACAAGUACCUCCCAACAGCGUCAGAACAUUCACACCAAUUUUCGUCAGCUACAUUUACGGCUCAAGGCCAUGCGCAAGCAAGUCCUGGAUGAGUGCAAACAGAGCCCGAUUAAAGGACUGAAGAAUCAGGUUUCCGAUUGGAGGCGAAGCAUCGGCAAAUGCUGCGGUCAGCUGAGUCCGACCAACAAAGAAGGCAAUCGUCGAGCCAUGAAGGAGGUGGAGAACAUCCUCGACGCUGCCGGCCAAGUCCAACCUCAACCGAUGGUAGACGCCUCACAGUUCAUCAUCAACAAUUUAGGAAAUACCAUCAGCGGACAGGCCUCUGGAAUUACCGUCUACCUGCUUAACAUCAUCGCCAAGAAGAUUGUGGCACAAUUUGGCUACGAAGCCGCGAUCAAUCCUGCCUCCGCAGACCCCAUCGGAAUCAUGGCUGUAGCGACGUUUGCGAACGUCAAAUACCAGAUCAACGGCACCCCACUGAUCGAUAUUCUUUGGGCAAAGUACCACCGCGCUUGCCCAGCCUUGUUCGGAAUCAAUGCGCCAGAGUCCACAGGGGACGGUCGAAGGAAGCUAGGGUGGGCACAAGAGGACGAUGAGCGGACCGGCAAGCUUGUCUGGGUCAGUGGCGAAGCACAUUACAGCCGCAUGCGUGGCCUCGCCGCUGGCUUUGCCGCCUUGACCCUGCGUGACUUUUCCAAGUCCACCAAAAAGAGCCCGGUACCAAAUCGCCUGUACUGGGAAGCCGUGGCGAGAAUCGUCAACAUGAAAGCUCUACCUCGGGAGCAAACAGCAUCACAAUACGCAGUACUCAAAGGUCUGACCGACGUGACGUUCAUUCCUCGCGCGAUCGACUUCUGGGGCAAGAUCGUCAUGGCCGUCUUGCACGCUGCCUUUGUCGAACUCCCAAAAUCGGCAACGACCCAGAAUCGCAGCAAUGUGAAUUUCAAUGGCUGCCUGAAACAGCUCGAGGCCAUGCCGGAGAUCCUACAGCGCGACCUGUCAAUCUCUCUCGAGGCAUAG